GUUAAAACAUAAAAAGGAAUGGCGGUUUUCGAAGUUUCAUAAGUGAAUGGUUUGCAAACCAAAAUAACAAUUCGACUGAUGUUGUUCGAGAUUGUGGUCUACUGUCUGAUACCGCUGUGCUUAAAUUAACAAACCCGCUGGAUGCGAUCGCCUGAACGUUGGGUAUUGAUGCAAACUGCCGAAGAUAGAGAAACGCUCAGUUUACGACAAUAGUACAUUAACAAUACCUUAAUGAAGUAGGGGUCAACAAUCGCCAUCAAAAUACAAUAUUUAUUCCAAAUGGUGUUUGGGCCUUCGAGGAACUGUGCAUUGAACUAAAAAAUUCUAAGCAUGGCUUAAAGAACAUCAGACUCGAGGAAACGAUAAGUAAGCCAUAAAACCUCACCAGGCCUAGAUAUUAAUGAAAGGGAGGUAGCUUAUGCGUGACGUCACGCUGAAAAGACCUAUCGAUAUCCUGAUUGACAGGCACUUCUCGUCAAUAGUUUAAUGAUCUGGCAUGUUGGGAAGUGACAGGCAUACAAUGACAGAACCCCACAGAGCACCGACAGAGUUGGCAAAUGCUGCUUGAACAAGUAGAGCGAAAAACAUUUGGGAAUUCAUUCGUUCAGAAACAAUCGAACAGUGAACAUCGGGAUAUAUAGAACAUUAAUCGAGGAACUAUCUAAAGUGUUUACGAAAGUAUUCAAGCUAGAGAUAGGCAACCAUUAAACAUUGGGCCCUUGGAAUUCCAUAACUUAAUCUUAAUAGAUUGAGGGACUCUAAGCCGCUUUAGAGAGCAUAUUGAAUGCGUAAGUAAGUUAGUGGCCAAGGCGAAGCAUUGUUACUUGUCAUCGUGUACAGACCACGUAUAAGGAUUAAGGCAAAUCGCCGUAAAAUUCGAUGUCGUGGCUGUUUGUUACCAGAUGACCCUAUAAGAGUUCUUUAUAAGACUGUACAAAUAUAGAAGUCUGCUUCUGGCGAACAUUAUAGACGUAUUUUAGAAACAGCUCGGAGAGAUGGCGGACCCGGGUGCUAUUAGCACACACUGGGAAUAUAGGAUGUGGACUAUAUUGCUAAUGACGAUAUGUUUUGGAUUAACACUCGUUGAAUCGAAUGAAGAUAAACCGAGGAAAUGUCAAGAGAUCACAAUUCCGAUGUGUAAGGAUAUACCUGGCUAUAACCUGACAUAUAUGCCGAAUGAGUUCAAUCAUGACUCCCAGGAAGAGGCUGGCUUGGAAGUACAUCAAUUUUGGCCGCUUGUUGAAAUUCAAUGUUCUCCGGACCUCAAGUUUUUCCUGUGCAGCAUGUAUGCCCCUAUCUGUAUGUCGAAUUACCACCGACAUCUACCCGCAUGCCGGUCUGUUUGCGAACGAGCAAAGGCAGGCUGUGCUCCUCUCAUGAUCCAGUAUGGGUUCAUUUGGCCCGAAAGGAUGGAAUGUGACAAACUACCCAGAUAUGGUGAUAAAGAACAACUCUGUAUGGACUUCAAUAAUAGUACAGAAAGACCAACAGAACCUCCCCGAAAACCUGCAUAUACCGUCGUAACUGACCCUCCUGCUCAUGUAAUACCAGGGUCAGCUCUCAAAAACUGUUCAUGUGGAUGCCAGGACCCCGGCAUGGUCUCGCUCACUAGUGACAUGCCUGGGUACAAUAAAAUCACAACUGGUGGACAGGCAAACUGCGCCAUAUCAUGUUAUGGUGCUUACUUCAACAAUGAUGAAAAGACAUUUGCCAGUUACUGGAUAGGCAUGUGGAGCAUUCUAUGCGCUCUAUCUACAUCAAUGACCGUCAUCACCUUCUUCAUUGAUAUGCAGAGGUUCAAGUACCCAGAGAGGCCCAUCAUUUUUCUCAGCGCUUGCUACCUUAUGGUAAGCAUCGGAUAUAUUAUUAGACUUAUCAUGGGCCACUCCGCCGUGGCCUGUGAUGGAGCAACCAUCAGGUACGAAACGACGGGCCCCGCAGUCUGCACUGUUGUAUUCUUGCUCAUAUAUUUCUUCGGUAUGGCAUCCUCACUCUGGUGGGUCAUCCUAUCAUUUACAUGGUUCUUAAGCGCUGGACUUAAAUGGGGACAAGAAGCCAUCGCUAACUACAGCUUUGGCUUCCAUCUAGUGGCCUUGUUGAUCCCAACAGUGAAGAGCAUAGCCGUGUUGGCCACAUCGUCUGUGGACGGGGACCCAAUCGCUGGAAUAUGUUACGUGGGCAGUCAAAACCUCACCAACCUAAGGGUCUUUGUGCUCGCACCAUUAUUCAUAUAUUUACUCAUUGGAACAUCAUUUUUGUUAGCAGGAUUCGUUAGCUUAUUUCGUAUUAGAAAUGUUAUUAAACAACAAGGACGUGCAAAAACAGACAAAUUAGAAAAACUCAUGAUACGAAUAGGGAUUUUCUCUGUACUAUAUACCGUUCCUGCCACCAUAGUUAUAGCUUGUUAUUUUUACGAACAAUAUUUCCGGGAGAGCUGGGAAAAGGCGCACACUUGCCCGUGUCAGACUCCUCGCCUACAACCGGACUACAGUGUAUUUAUGCUCAAGUACUUUAUGUGCCUCGUAGUAGGCAUCACAUCCGGGUUCUGGAUAUGGAGUGGAAAGACCCUAGACUCUUGGAGGCGAUUCUACGCCAGACUUUGUGGUAGGGGUAAAAAUAAAUCAGCUCGAAAUAAGGAGAAGUUCAGUAGUGCAAGUCCAGUUGGAUAUCAACCUGCUGGAUUUGGUAAAACACCUCCCAUACCUGUUAGCCAUGUCUGAUAGUUAACUUAGCCCAUUUAUUGUGUAUACAGGGAUACAACACUCGGGAACUACCCAAGUUUACUUUCCCUUAUCUUAAACCGGGGAACUAAUAUACACCUUUUAAAGAGAACGUUUGCUUUUAGGAUCUCGGUGUUAUUUCACUCAGUUAUGUUAAUGAAACUGUUAUGUAGCUCAAAUCUUGCUCAAUGGAAAUUACUGCAGAAAGCUAAACAUACAUUGACUUUAAGUCUGACCUAUUUAAUAUAGGGACUGGGUUUUAAUCCCCCUGUGUUGUUAUCCCUGUGUAUUGUAGAAUAUAAUAUAUGCCACAGAAAAUGUUCAACUUCGUCAUCUCAUAAAGGAUGGCGUCACUGACAUGAUCAGAUUGUACGGUGCUCUUGGCUAAACCGUAAUAGUCAAUUUUGUAUAUUACAAAUCAGUGUAUUUUAUUUAUUUUGCCUAAUUCUGGGCUAAUCACAACGCACUAUCGGGAUUCACUUAUCGCUGUAAUCCCUUGUUUAAAGAUAGGCACCUGAGAGAUGGAUUGUCUAAUCCACAAUUUUAGUAAAUACGUAUUCAUUGCCGAGGUCUUCUAAUCAAUUAGCUCCGCAUUUUCAUCGUUGAUUUUAUAUUAUGGUCUCUUCAUUGUACGUGUACUUGAAUUACCUAUAGGUGCAGAUGGUCUCGGGUCCCACUGACUUCUAGUAUCAUUUAUUGUUUAUCUUUGGAAAAUAGAUACAGAAAUCAGGGUAUUUGCUAAUGCUAAAUGCUACAUCAAAUACGGAAAUGGUCUCUAAUGCUACAUAAUUGAUUCGAUUUUUCCAAGCACCUGAACAGAAUCCAAUGCUACAGUUAACGUCGCUGUGUAUUUUCUUGCAAAAACUAAGAUUCGGUCAAUAUUUUGAUUUCAAUUUAUCGAGUAAAGUAUCUUCUUUCCUCGAUGGUAACAUUCAAAUGGAUAAUUCAGAGUUCAGAGGUGUGGUGCUUUUACAUUCGUUGUUCUACACAUAUAUACUAAACGUAUCCAUUUGGGAUGUUUAAGCAUCAAAGCCUUUCACUGCUUUUAGAAAAGAUCCUUUGUUAGAAUAUUAUUCAGUUCGUUUUUUUCUCCACAAACUUCUAAAUUUCUAAAGAAAUAUCUUCCAAUGUAAAGACCAUUAAUAGAAAAAUUAAACGAGUUUUAACCACAUAGAAAAGUCUUGUUGGACAAAUGUUUUGGUUUAUCUAGUUUCGGGUUACCAAAACAGUGUGGAAAUGGUUAGAAAACAUGGUGUUUUUCGGUCUUAGUUUUCACGUGUUUCUUGUAGUUGCAUAGGAAAGUGCCACUUUUGAAACUGACAGAAAACAUACUUAGAUCAUACCAUUCCACAUGUCGAUGAGAUUCUCGUCUUAUGCACUCAUACGUUUAAUUUGUAAACCCAUCAACAUCAUCAUUUCUUCAUUCAGUAAAUCAAAUACAGUUUUAUCUUCUUUACUGGUGGAAUGUUUAAGAUUUUACAAUUUGUCAUCUCUAGUGGUAUUCAACUAUAAUAUGAAUGUUAUCAGAUCUGAUAUCUCAUAUAUAUGUUUUUAUCAGUUCAUCAUCUCAUAUUUUUCUAGGGCCUAAUUGAAUUUUGCCCUAAUUGGAGGGAACGGUGUGAUUCAUCUAAGCGGUAAUAAGGCUUAGAUGUGUUCAAUAUUAAUACUUAGUUCAUCUGUUCCUUGUCAUGUCAUCGCAUCUUAUAGAUUGACGUCGCUGGUUGCAUUAGGCUAACCGAGUUAACUUUCUCAUCAGUUGCAAUAUAGUAACCCUAAUGAAUUGUAUGUACAAUCACGAUUUUUAAUUGUAAAGUUAUACGUUUAUAUAUAUAUGAAUGAAAUGUGUUUCUACAAAUUGAAUGUAGAGAUUGUAUAAAUAUGGUGUUUAUUUGGAAAUACCACAAAUAGAUGAAUGUUUUAUGUAAUUUGA